GGGAGCGGCCCAAUGGGCGGGUGCGUUGUUCAGCUGCGGGGUUGGCAGUGCCUGGAGGUGGCAGCGGAGGAGAGGAGGGGAGCAGGGGGAGACAUCCUGAAAUCCUGGAACUGCUCUGGAAGAAAACGGGGCAGUACUUGAAGGCUUGACAGAUGCAUCCCAGGCUGAAAAACUGCUGCAUUCCUCCUCCUCUUCCUCCUUUAGAAAAUUGACUGCUUUAAAGAGAGGGUAAGAGAGAAGGAAAAGAAGUAAGAAAAUGCUGGGAUCGGAACGAGGUGUGGUGGAAGAAUGGCUGUCAGAAUUCAAGGCAUUACCUGAAACACAAAUUUCCAGUUAUGCAGCUACAUUGCACCGAAAAAAACCGCUGGUACCAGCUCUUUAUAAGGUCAUUCAAGACCCAAAUAAUGAGCUUCUGGAGCCUGUUUGUCACCAGCUCUUUGAACUUUAUCGUAGUUCUGAAGUUCGGCUCAAGAGAUUCACGUUGCAGUUUUUGCCGGAGUUGAUCUGGGUUUAUCUGCGUCUUACUGCCAGCAGGGAUAGGCAGAGUAAUGGUUGCAUUGAAGCAUUGCUGCUUGGCAUUUACAACUUGGAAAUAGCUGACAAAGAUGGAAACAACAAAGUUUUAUCUUUCACCAUCCCUUCAUUAUCUAAACCCUCAAUAUAUCAUGAGCCCUCUACUAUUGGAUCUAUGGCUUUGACUGAGGGAGCUCUGUGUCAGCAUGAUCUUAUCAGGGUAGUUUAUAGUGAUCUUCAUCCUCAAAGAGAAACCUUCACAGCACAGAACCGGUUUGAGGUGCUGAGCUUUCUCAUGCUGUGCUACAAUUCUGCUAUUGUCUAUAUGCCUGCCUCUUCUUACCAAUCACUUUGUAGGAUGGGUUCCAGGCUGUGUGUGAGUGGCUUUCCACGGCAGCAUGAGAAGCACUGGAAAGAACACUGUGGUAGAGUGGUGUUAGACCCUGACUUUAUGGUGCAGCUGCUGACAGGUGUCUAUUACGCCAUAUAUAAUGGUCAGUGGGAUCUUGGCCAGGAGGUAUUGGAGGACAUAAUUUACAGAGCACAGCUUGAACUCUACUCACAGCCUCUGCUGGUUGCAAAUGCCAUGAAGAACUCACUGCCCUUUGAUGCUCCUGAUGCAUCACAAGAAGGCCAGAAGGUACUGAAAGUUGAAGUUACUCCCACGGUGCCGAGGAUUUCUCGGACUGCCAUUACAACAGCUUCUAUUCGUCGUCAUCGCUGGAGGAGAGAAGGUAUUAAAGUUCGGAAGGAUAAGACUCAAUUGACAGUCACUGUGAAGAAAUUUGUGAAGACGCUUGAAAAUAUCUCAGAUGAUGAAGCUCAGGAGAUCCUGGAAGAGAAGUCCUAUGUUGCUGUUCUUGGAAUAUGUGCCCAAGAUUCAAUGGGAAAUGGCUCAAGUGUAGGUGGUGGUGAAGUUUACUCAUUCCAGACUCCAAAACACUCCGGCAAAAUGGCAGAGCUGGCCUCUGAAUUAGCCCGGACACCAGGACAGAGUGUGGCACUUGAUCACGCUGAGUGCCCUGAGAAGACUGUCAAAUCUCCUCAAAGCAGCAAACAUUUGAGUUCAAACAAAGUGCAGCAGAAGAGUAAAAAGAAUGAAUUUGUGUCCACCACACCUUACAGACUCAGGAGGAGGCUAGCAGCUCCAGAUACUCAUUUAGAAAGUGAGAGUGAAUAUUCUGCUUCCUGCUCAGAGGAGGAGGAGGAGGAGGAAGAACAGAAAGAAGCCAACACUGUUGUAUCAGGCCGAAAGACCCCAGCAAAAACUAAGGCUGCAUCUACACCUCCUUCCCAAAAAACCUUAUCCAAAAAAAUGAAGGACGACAAGAUGAGCAACCUGGUGGAGGAAUACUUUGAAGCCCAUAGUAGUUCCAAAGUGCUCACCUCGGACCGAACACUGCAGAAACUGCAUAAAAGAAGGUUGAAUCAGGAAACACUGCGUGACCUCUUGAAAAAAGCUCCCCUUGCCUUUGCUCCUGAAAUUAAAGAGCUGAACCAACAGCAUGAGUGCCUGUUUUCCAAGUGGAUGCUGCAGUUACACUUGGGUUUCAAUAUUGUACUUUAUGGACUGGGCUCAAAGCGGGAUUUGCUGGAGAAGUUUCGUACCUCUGUGCUUCAGGAUUCUGUUCACCUUGUGGUUAAUGGAUACUUCCCCAGCAUCACUGUGAGAUCAAUUUUGAACUCCAUCACAGAGGAAGUACUGGAGCAUAUUGGGACGUUCCGUAGCCCCCUUGACCAACUCGAAUUCAUCAUGAAAAGGUUUAAAGAAGAUUCAUCUUUAGAGCUUUAUGUUCUCAUUCAUAACUUGGACAGCCAGAUGUUGAGAGGAGAAAGAAGUCAGCAGAUCCUUGCACAGUUAUCUUCUUUGCCUAGCAUUUACCUCAUUGCCUCUGUCGAUCACAUCAAUGCUCCUCUCAUGUGGGAUCAGGCAAAGCAAAGCCUCUACAACUGGCUUUGGUAUGAAACAACCACGUUUAGUCCUUAUGUGGAAGAAACCUCUUACGAGAACUCACUUUUAGUACAGCAGUCUGGAUCUUUGGCUUUGAGCUCCUUAACACACGUCCUGCGCAGUCUUACUCCCAAUGCCAGGGGGAUAUUCAGAUUGCUUGCGCAGUACCAGCUGGAGAACAAGGACAACCCAUCUUACCCAGGGCUCUCUUUCCAAGACUUCUACCAGCAGUGUCGGGAGGCAUUCCUCGUGAACAGUGACCUGACGCUCAGGGCACAGCUGACAGAAUUUAGGGACCACAAGCUCAUCCGGACCAAGCGGGGAGCUGAUGGUGUGGAAUACUUAUUAAUUCCUGUAGAUGACAGUACCUUGACUGACUUCUUAGAGAAAGAAGAUGAAGAUGUAUAACGUCUCUCUGUUCCCAAGGCGUCUAUAGCAAUUGCUUUCGAGUGCUGCUGGAGAGGGGCCUAUACUCAGAUCUCUCUCCCUCCAACCCCAAAGCUGCUGGACUACUUACUGAAAUGUAAUAAUUUUUUGAUGCUCAUUGUUCAACUACUUCAGGUAGUUCGGAACGAUGACUUCUGUAAGCAAGGCAUCUCUUGCUCUGUAGUUAAAUUUGUCUGCUUUGUCUGUUAGCUCAGAUGAGGCCUUCUUCAUAUCUAUGCAGUCAACCUUGCAGUCAGGAAAACUCACUAAGAUUGUGCCUUCUGGUCAUUACCUCACCAGACAUGAGGGUUUUGCUGGAGCAGUUCACUUGAGAAGUGCAAACCACUAGAUGGUCAGAGCUUUAUUUUGCACUAGUGAUACAUCUUUUCAUGGCUGAGUGCUUUCCAGUGCUCCCUGUACCAUAGACAAGACUGGCUUCCAGCGUAUGAAGAAGCCAAGAUUUACAAUGCUAAGAGACCUGCCUUGACCGCAGAAGGAAAGCAGACUAGCAGUGGGUUUGGGAUAUUGUGGGUAACUUAUUAAAUUCUGGCAAUAGAACUGAAGGUCUUUCCCCAAACCCAUAUCCUUUACAGGAGAACUUAGGUAAUAGAAAUUGUGAUGGGCUUGAAUCAUUUUCUCCAGGUGAGAGUGAGAGGAUCCAUCUUGUUUCAUCUACUUUCCAACUUGAUAUCCAGUAAUGUAAAGAGGCUGGGGAGUUGAUUUGUUUAUUUUUAAAAAGCUUGCUUGCAUACAUGUAUUUUUUACAUCAGGAAUGUCCGCUGAUCCUGGAGGAGGCCUUAAAUGCCAGUUGUAGGCACUCCCUUUUUGUAGCCCUUAGGCUGGGAGACUGCUGAAGUUUCACAGCUUUUCUUCACUGUAUUUCUCAGGUAUGUGGGAGUAAGCCCUACAGUUCCAUCAACUAUAGUCUGCCAGCCAGACUUCAGGGACACUUGAACUCCGUGUGUCUAAUAUUUGGUAGCUGUGUUACAGCUCAAUGUUGUAAUAGCUCAAAUCAAUCAAAUAAAGUACUUUAUUAAUUUUCA